AUGUUGGCCAAACAAAUAUUCUUAGCAAGGGCAUAAAAUAAACCUCAAUAAACAGGGAAAAUUGAAUUCCCCACUCUUUUAGAUUUGGCAAUAGAGUAAGUGGCCCUAAGUUUUGAUCUCUAUUCUUAGUUGCCUGGUAUACCAGAAAAAAUAAGAUAUCAAGUAUUCCAUCUUAAUAAUCAAUAGAUUAUAUCAAAAGCACCGAAAACUUUGCCUGUAACAAUCACUUACAAUAGUAUUGAAGAUGAAAAUUAUUGGAAAUAAGCAUGCGAAACAAAAUGGAAAGGCACUCACAGAACAAUUAAUAUCUGCAAACAUAGUUACAGUUUUAAAAUCGCUUAUAUGGAAAAUUUCCUUGAAGAAUACUUAAAAUCCAUAAAAAGUUUAGAUUCUUAAGAAGAAAAAGAUGAAUUAUAAGCAAUAUUAAAAGCAGUCAAUAAUUGGGUUUACUCCCUUAAUAUAUCAUAAACUUAAUGCAAUAUUGAUAUCGGGUUUUUAUGCUAAUACUUGCCAUGCCUAUAGAAUUUGACAGUUAUAUAUGGAGUUAAAACCACUGGAAUAGAUCAAACAAGAAAAGAAAUCUUGGGCAUGAAAUUAAGUUAAGCAGCUGAAUUAGGAGAAGCAAUCUCUAAGCAUUGUAGAAAUCUUUAAUCUUUAUCUUUACCCUCUAAUUUAAUUGAUGAUGAUCUUUUGAGAUUGUUAAUGACAGGAAUAAAUCUAGAUAUCUCUAUCAUAGAGUUGAAUUUAUCUCAUAAUAAAAUUGGAGACUCAGGGGUAAUAAGAAUUGCAAAGUAUUUGAUGAGAUCAGAAAUCUUGCUCAAAUUGGAUUUAUCUAACAAUGCUAUUGGAUUAGUUGGAUCUAAAAAUUUAGCAUAUGCUCUUUUAUUCAAUAAAUCACUUGAACAUUUGAAUCUAUCAUUAAAUUCUUUUAAUGAUAUUGCUGGAGCCAACUUCUUUAGCAAACUUAGUUAAAAUAAAAGCAUCCAGCAUUUGAAUUUAUCUGCAAAUUAAUUGGGGAGUUUAACUGCUGAGAUGCUUGAAAUCUAUUUAUCAGAUUCUUCAUGCACUCUUUAAUCUUUGAAUAUUAGCAAUAAUAAUUUUAGCGAAAAUAAUGAUAUUAAAGACAAAAAUAUCUUUGAAAAACUCAAGACUGGUUUAACAAAAAACACAAGUCUGAUUCAUUUUGAUAUUUCUCAUUCUAAAUUUAAAAGAAUUAAUGCUGAAAAGGAAUUGUAAGAUAUAAUUGUUCAAAGCAGGUUAAAAUAGAAGAAAAUCCCAUUUAUUUCAAAAGAAGAAUUCGAAUACCAAUAAACAUAGAACAGAUUAAAAAAGGAAAAAUUAGAAAAAGCAAAAACAAAAUAAGUAGAAGAAGUAAUCUCACCAUAAUGA